CUUAGUCACCUCAUCACAACAGCACGUACGUACAGUACGUAGGUAGCCAGCUAGCUAGCAAGGCGGCGGCGGCGACAUGGCCGACGAGGAGGCGUGCAUGUUCGCGCUGCAGCUGGCAAACUCGGCGGUCCUGCCUAUGGCGCUCAGGACUGCCAUCGAGCUGGGCCUUCUCGAGACCCUCGUGGGCGCCUGCGGGAAGGCGCUGACCCCGGAGGAGGUGGCCGCGAAGCUGCCGUCCGCCAACCCGGACGCGGCGUCCAUGGUGGAUCGCAUCCUGCGCCUGCUGGCCUCGUACAAUGUCGUGUCGUGCGUGGUGGAGGAGGGCGAGGACGGCAGCCUCUCCCGUCGGUACGGCGCCGCGCCGGUGUGCAAGUGGCUUACCAUCAACGAGGACGGCGCCUCUCUGGCCCCGUUCGCCCUCCUUGCAACGGACAAGAUGCUCAUGGAGUCAUGGUGCUACAUGAAGGACGCAGUCCUUGACGGAGGCAACCCGUUCGUCAAGGCCUUCGGGAUGACGGCGCGUGAGUGCAACGGCAAGGACAUGCGCCUGAACCGCGUCUUCAACGAGGCCAUGACGCACCAUUCCGGCAUCAUCACCGGCAAGUUCCUCGAGCUGUACACAGGUUUUGAUGGCAUCGGCACCCUCGUCGACGUCGGCGGCAGCGUCGGCACCCUCAUGCACGCCAUCGUCUCCAAGUACCCGAGAAUCAGGGGGAUCAACUUCGACCUCCCCUUCGUCAUCGCGCACGCGCCGGACUACCCCGGCGUGCAGCACGUGGCCGGCGACAUGUUCGAGAGCGUGCCCUCCGGCGACGCCAUCGUCAUCAAGUGGGUCCUCAACGGCCUGAGUGACCAGCAGUGCGCGACGCUGCUCAAGAACUGCUACGACGCCCUGCCGGCGCACGGCAAGGUGGUCAACCUGCAGUGCAUCCUGCCGGUGCACCCGGACGCGACGCACAGCGCGCAGGAGGUCAUCAGCGUCGACGUUAGCAUGCUCGCCUACAGCGUCGGCGGCAAGGAGAGAUACCUGAGGGACUUCGAGAAGCUUGCCAAGGGCGCCGGGUUUGCCGGCGUCGAGGCCACCUACAUCUACGCUAACUUCUGGGCCAUCGAGUACACCAAGUAGCUAGCUAGCGGCCGGGAUCCGUCUCUUGCUUGCUUCCGCUGCUGCUGUGUUUUCCAUGCUAAUUAAUUUCUUCCGUUUUGUUCGUGUCAUGCAUGCCACUGUGCCAGGAGUUUGUUUUGUAUGAUCUGUGUUUGUUUGUUGGAAUAAA